UUUUUUUUUUUUGGUUUUUCGAGACAGGGUUUCUCUGUGUAGCUUUGCGCCUUUCCUGGGACUCACUUGGUAGCCCAGGCUGGCCUCGAACUCACAGAGAUCCGCCUGGCUCUGCCUCCCGAGUGCUGGGAUUAAAGGCGUGCGCCACCACCGCCCGGCCUUUGUUUGGAAUUUUAAGACAGUCUCCUAGCCCGUGUUGUGGUGGACUUGAGCUGUUGUCUGUCGGGAGAUGGCCUUGAACUGGUAGGCCCGCCCUCUGCCUCCUCCGUGUGGGGAUCGCCAAGAGUUUGCCACCAGCUUCACCCAGCUUCCCAAAGAACUUCUUGGUUUGUGGCUACGGCUGUUUUUUAUGUUCUGUGGUUAAGUAGGAUAGUUUGUUCACAUUAGAAAGUAAAUCUGAGAUGUGUGCUGUGGCAUGCCUAAUCUCAAGUGCUAGGUGGGCUGAGACAGGAAGAUUAGAUUUCAAGACUAGUCUGAGCAAAUUUGAGGCCGGCCUGGGCUACAAGAACUUACGAAAAAAACAAAACUAAGAACCUAUUUAAAGUGGUUUUUUUUUUUCCCUUUGAUUGAAAUUGUUGUAUGUGUAUGCCUGUGAGAGGUUGUGUUCGUGAGUGCAGUUUCCCAGAGAGGCCACAAGAGGGCAUUGAAGACCCAGAAGCUGGAGUCAGAGGCAGUUGUGAGCCUGGGAACCAAACUCUGGUUCUUGCAACGGGAGUGCCCUCUGGGGAUUGGGGAUUUAGCUCAGUGGCCGAGUCCGGGGUUUGGGGGUUCAGCAAGCACAAGGCCCUGUGUUAUCAGUGAAAUUAUGCUCCAUAACCCAUGAUUUACAAAAAACUGUUUUCUCAAUAAGUUUAUAUCCACAUUUAUAGCUAUCCUGGUUCACGUUUGGCCCAUGGGCCAUAGAUAGGAUGCUUCUGAUGUAGAGUAUGUCAUGUGACAUCUUGCAAAUUUCAUUUGAUCUCUAGAUAUUUGUGGGGAUAACUUAUUUAAAACUGAACAAAGUAGUUGCUAAGUGAAGUUAGGUCCUGUAGUUAUAAAUGCUAUUCCAUUUAUAACUGAUUACUUGGGUUGAAUCAAACAUACAAUUUAUAAAUGUAGAACUAAAGAAACCCGUAAGUUAGAUGAUGGUGGCACAUAUUUAUAAUCCUAGUAUCUGUAUGCUGAGGCAGAAAGAUUUCAGUUCCCAGGCCAGCCUGGGCUAUAUAGCCAGUCCUGGCCUUAAAAAUUUUAAAUAAAGGGGGAAAAAAUCAGAUGAUAUUGUAGAAAAUUAGGAUGUGUUACAUUUGUUUAUGCUAUGGAACAUUUAAUAAUGCAAAGGUGUGUUGCAUUCUUUUAUGUUGCAUUUGUUUAACUCUGUGAAGCUGUGUUACUGUGCCUGUCUGAAACACCUGAUGGGCAUUCAGCUCUUUACUAGACUAAUAGCUAGGCAGGAGAGAGGAUAGGUGGGGCUGGCAGGAGAGAGGAGAAAUGUAAGGAGAAAUCUUGGAGGAAAAGCAGGAACAAGAGAGGAAGGAAGACUAGGGGCCAGCCAGCCACAGAGUAAGAGUGAAAGUAAGAUUUACAGAAGUAAGAAAAGGAAAAAGCCCAGAGGCAAAAGGUAGGUGGGAUAAAUUAAGAGAAGCUGGCAAGAAACCAGCCAAGCUAAAGGCAGGGCAUUUAUAAUUAAGAAUAAGCCUCUGUGGUUUAUUUGGGAGCUAGGUGGUGCCCCCCCAAAAAGAGCAAAGACUAAAAGAGUAUAAAAACUAACAACUACAGGAUAGUGCAGUAUCUCAAUACUUAACGACGUCUGGAAGUGUUACGUCCCUAGACCUGACAGGAAGAGUGAUUGCUCUAAGGAUGGUAUCUCUGUGAAGAACAUUAACUCAGGAGUUAUGAGGCCAUAGGGAUGGCAAUGCUCAGAUGUAGUGAUCAUGAGUCAACUUCCUGGUACUCGGAAUGGCAUGGAGAGUGAUUAAAAAGGGUUGAUCUAGAUGGGCAGAUAGAAGACAGUGACUGUCCAGGCCGGGUGAUCUGGGACCUGUUGUUUUUCCUUACUGGACUUUAUCUUAUCCUUUAGUUGGGCCACAGUUAAAACCUGAUAGAUUUUUAGGGAGUUACUGUGACUCUCCCUAAUGAGCUAAAUUGUUGACAUUGCAUGGUUUUCCAAGUCUUAAGCAUAUUUUUGAAGAGUGAGAAACAUUUAUGCCCUGGGGCUGCUACUUAAUAGUAUGGUUGGCCUGGUGUGAUUGUUUUCAUCUGUUAUCCUAGCACUUGAGAAGCUGAGGCAAGAGGAUUGCCACUAGUUUGUUUGAAGCCAGCCGGGGUCAAUGAAACUACAUAUCAAAAUAGGACAAGUUUAGAGCAGACCACGCUGUGUGACCUGUGUGUAAAUGUGUGUGUUUGUCUCGGGAUAGGGUUGGACUUGAACUCUACUUAAUCUUUCCUUCUGGGUACUGGGAUUAUGGGCCUGUGCAAGCAUACCUGGUGGCACUCAGUUUUCUUGGGUGUGUGUGUGUGUGUGUGUGUGUGUGUGUGUGUGUGUGUGUGUGUGGUUUUUUGUUUAGUUUUGUAAUUCAUUUAUUUUAUUUGCAUUGGUGUUGUGCCUACAUGUAUGUGAGGGUGUCAGAUCUUAGAGUUACAGAUAGUUGUGAGCUGCCAUGUAGGUGCUGGAAAUUGAACCCCAGUCCUCUGGAAGAGCAAUCCACAGUGCUCUUAACCACUGAGCCAUUUCUCCAGCCCCAGCAGUCAGUUUUAAUAGAGAUAAAAAGAGUGCCUGAGCUUCAUUGUGAAUAAAGUUUGGAAAUAGACACUGUGGCACUACAUAAAAUUAUGCUGGUAUGUCCAUUUCCGUUGAAUGAAUGUCAUGUCUGUUCUGGAUUCCAGCGAGAGUGUAUCUCUAUCCACGUGGGGCAGGCAGGUGUCCAGAUUGGCAAUGCCUGCUGGGAACUGUACUGCCUUGAACAUGGUAUUCAGCCUGACGGGCAGAUGCCAAGCGACAAAACCAUUGGUGGCGGGGAUGAUUCAUUCAACACAUUCUUCAGUGAAACCGGAGCUGGCAAGCAUGUGCCCAGAGCAGUGUUUGUGGACCUGGAGCCCACUGUGGUCGAUGAAGUGCGUACUGGAACCUACAGGCAACUUUUCCACCCAGAGCAGCUGAUCACUGGGAAGGAGGAUGCGGCCAAUAAUUAUGCCAGAGGUCAUUACACCAUUGGCAAGGAGAUUGUCGACCUGGUCCUGGACCGGAUCCGAAAACUAGCAGAUCUGUGCACAGGACUGCAGGGCUUCCUCAUCUUCCACAGCUUUGGAGGUGGCACAGGGUCUGGGUUUGCAUCUCUACUUAUGGAACGGCUUUCAGUGGACUAUGGCAAGAAGUCCAAGCUGGAAUUUGCCAUUUACCCAGCCCCCCAGGUUUCCACAGCCGUUGUGGAGCCCUACAACUCCAUCUUGACCACACACACAACGCUGGAACAUUCUGAUUGUGCUUUCAUGGUGGAUAAUGAAGCCAUCUAUGAUAUCUGUCGGCGCAACCUGGAUAUUGAACGUCCCACAUAUACCAACCUCAAUCGACUGAUCGGGCAGAUCGUGUCAUCCAUCACAGCCUCCUUGAGGUUUGAUGGGGCCCUGAAUGUGGACUUAACAGAAUUCCAGACCAACCUGGUGCCAUACCCUCGCAUCCACUUCCCACUGGCAACCUAUGCCCCAGUCAUCUCAGCUGAGAAGGCAUACCAUGAGCAGCUGUCAGUGGCAGAGAUCACCAACGCUUGCUUCGAGCCAGCCAAUCAGAUGGUCAAGUGUGACCCUCGCCAUGGCAAAUACAUGGCCUGCUGCAUGUUGUACAGGGGGGAUGUGGUCCCAAAAGAUGUCAAUGCGGCUAUUGCUACCAUCAAGACAAAGCGCACCAUCCAAUUUGUGGAUUGGUGCCCAACUGGAUUUAAGGUGGGUAUUAACUACCAGCCCCCUACUGUGGUCCCUGGAGGAGACCUGGCCAAGGUGCAGAGGGCCGUGUGCAUGCUGAGCAACACCACUGCCAUCGCAGAGGCUUGGGCCCGCCUGGACCACAAGUUUGACCUCAUGUAUGCCAAGCGAGCCUUUGUGCACUGGUACGUGGGAGAAGGCAUGGAGGAAGGGGAGUUCUCAGAGGCCCGGGAGGACCUGGCAGCGCUGGAGAAGGAUUAUGAAGAGGUGGGCGUCGAUUCCGUGGAAGCAGAGGCAGAAGAAGGGGAAGAAUACUGAGUGUGUGGGUCUGGCUGGCAGCCAUCCAUGUACAUCUUCCCCACCAUUGAAACUAAAGGAUAUAUUUACUUAUUAAAAUUUCUAUAUUGAGACAUUUCCUUCCCUGUGUGCUGUACUUCCUAACAAAAUUCCUUUCUAGAUACCUGCCUUUCCCAAGUAAAAUUCUCUGGGGAAAAACGCACACAAUGAUAAACAGGUCUGUCUGUUAAGUCUUAAGUUCUAAGGACAAUGGGAUAAGGUGUUUUAAAGUACUGCUUGAGUAGCACAGAAAUGGACCGUGUCUUGGAUGCUUCUUAGGAGGGGGUCCCCCUGGGCCUCAGGUGUGUGUUCCCGGGCUGUGAGAUGCUUCAUUCCCACUGAAUCAUUAGCUUACCUCCCCUGGUGUUGAUUGCUGUUGACUUACCCUCACAUGGCCCAUGUUGUACUCAGAUCACCCUCUACCGAGCCCUGGUUCCUGGUAUGGAUGGAAUUGAGUGUUGAGCACUGGUCUUGGUAGGUUCUUUUAUUCGAGAACCAUGAGUUUUCUUGGUAAUGGCCCUUUGUCAGUCCAGGGCUGCCCAGGACCAUAUCUCAGUGUAGAAGAUUGUGGUACCACACCACAUAGACCCACAUGCAGUUGCUCCAUCCUUCUCAACCAGUAGGUAUGCUUAGAUGCACAAAUGAGCCAUGUAUACGAUGGCGUGAAUCUUCCAGAAUGACUGGUGCCUUCUUUGGGUCAAAAUGAAACUUCUGUGAGAGGGUCCAGGUAUCUUGAGUCCAGCAGAAGACCCAGUGUCUCCAGGUUUGGCUGUUCUUUUACAUUUGCCUGAUGAUGCCGAACAAACUUCUUUUCCGUCUCCAGGCCUCAGUUUCUCCUUUCUCAAGCAGGUGGUGCCUAUUCAAAGGACUGUAGGAAAUCUGCCUUCCCUCUUUAGCAGCACAGGUUUGUGCCUCUGCAGACUUCCCAAGAAAGACAAGUCAAGGUGUGCUCUUGGCUGCCUAGCUUCAGAGGCCAGGGCUUGUGCGGCCUGGCUUCUAAGUACCUCUACUUCUCAGUACUUUGAGAAUUGCUUUAAAUAGGUGAGCACCCAAACAGAAUGGCAGCACUAUGCCCUGAUGAGGAAGCCCUCAAACACCUGGUGUGAGCACAGGCUGCCAUAAGAGCCAAAGGUACUGAUUCUGCUUCCUAGUUGUAAUGGUAAAAAGCUCACUGCCGGCCGGGCGGUGGUGGCACACGCCUUUAAUCCCAGCACUCGGGAGGCAGAGGCAGGUGGAUCUCCGUGAGUUCGAGGCCAGCCUGGUCUACAGAGUGAGAUCCAGGAAAAGGCGUAAAGCUACACAGAGAAACCCUGUCUCAAAAAACCAAAAAAAAA